CAAAAAAAAAAAAAAUGCUCCCCUGCUGUAUUUCUCAAGAAAGAAAAAACUGCUCUGCAUCUGCAGCCGACGGGGGCGGCGGCGGACGCCAGACGGCACCUGCAGGCUGCCCGCCAAGUGGUGGCGGCAGCGCGGCAAGCAAGCAAGCAGCCUACGCCGGCGGCCGGUCCCAGGACCUCUAGGCGACGGCCGUAUUCCUCCUCUGUCGUCGCCACUUCCAAGUUGCAAGGCUUCGUCGGUAUGGGGAACCUAGCUGAGAGCAUCGCAUGUGGCGUGGCGGCGUCGGGUGUCCUCUCGGCCUCCGCCAUCCGCACCACGGUCCACCGUCACCCUGAGCGCUGCGCCGCCUUCGCCUCCCUUGGCGCCACCAUCCUCGCCUCCAACGCCCAGGUUGUCGAGGACAGUGAUGUGAUCGUCAUCUCUAUCAAGCCUCAGAUUGUGAAGAAGGUUCUGGUUGAGCUCAAGCCCUUGCUGUCUGAAGAAAAGCUUCUGGUGUCCAUUACUGCUGCUAUUAAAAAUGAAAGAUUUACAGAUUGGCCAGUGUAUUCAGGGUUUACUGAACUUCUGAAACUUUAAUUUUGGUAAAAUCACCCUCCAUCAAAAUUGUA